CGAAACGUUAGUUUGGUCAGUUACUUCCAUGCUGUCGGUGGUUUGCACUCGUCUCACAAUGUCCGGAGUUUACCGAGCCUUUGCCUUUGUCUUGAUUUUCUACGGAGUGUUUUUGACCACAGAGGCGCAGACACCGACUCCUUCUCCAGCUCCGACUCCUUGUGCCUCGAGAUCCAACACCAGUUGUGCUGAAUGUCUGCAGAAUGUGACAUGUUUGUGGUGCUCACCAACCAAACAAUGCUUCGACUAUCCAGUGAGGAACAUCCUGCUCCCCAGCAGUGUGUGUCCAUUGAGUGAUGCACGAUGGGGGUUGUGUUGGGUAAACUUCCAGAUUUUGAUCAUCACCAUGUCAGUGUUCGGUGGCAUCAUCGUUAUUGGCCUUCUUGUUUGCUGCUGCCGCUGCUGCAAGUGUGAAAGAAAUGGGAACAAGAGAGAAGACGCAAAAGUGGAGCGACAAACCCGUGCGAGGAAGAGUCGUCAGAAGGCGAAGAGUACAGAAAUGCAGCUGAGACACGAUGAGAUCAGGCAGAAAUAUGGUAUGGCAAAGGAUAAUCCAUACGCCCGUAUGAACGAUCAUUGAGAAGUGUUUCAGCGGUGAUUCCAUAAGCAAAUCCCUUAAGUUGAUUUUAUUGAUGCCAGUAACAUUGAGAUACACAUGUAGCAUAUAAGAAAAUGUGAUUAUCUGAUUUGGUUUCUGUGUCUGCAAAAAAAACACCAAGAUGUUUUGAAAUGAUUUAGUGUGCACUAUAUUUCAAACAUGGUCUAUUCACCUAAUGUUUCAUAUUUUAUACACGUUGCUCUCUGUUGUUGCACCAGAUUCAUAUUUGUUAUGCCUUAAUUAGAUAUAAAUGAUUAUAGGAGAAUGUGUUCAGUUGACUUGUUUUUCUGUCCACACAAGAAACUUAGAUGUAAGGGUAAAUCUGUCAAAACCUAUUGUCCACCAUGAUAUGCAAACAUUCCUGUGUCAUUUUGCAUAACAUGCACUGUUGUUAGAUUUCUAUAACUCAAGAGUUGAUCAGAGUUUGUGGUGCUUCUUUUAUAACCAGCAGUAUCGUUGUCAUAUUAUAUCAGUAAUACACACUAUUUUACUGAUCGCCAUUCAUCUCUCAAGUACAACAUUUAUUUUUAUAUAAAAAUUUAAUUUAUCACAUGUAACUCAUUUUACGCUUAUUGCUUUUUUAUCUGUGAAUAAAUAUCAGGAUCAGAAUAGUCCUGAACUUUCCUGGAUAAACAAAAUGUAACUACAUGUGAGGGAUUUGAUUUUUGUGACAAACAAAUUGUGACCAUUUCAAAAUAAAAUGAAUAACUUGUGA